AUGGGCAAGGUCAAGAAGCGCCGCAACAACGGCCACAAGAGCGUCGUGCCGCCGACGGGCGGGCCGUCGCAGGCCGAGCUCGAGGACGCAGCCAUGGAAGGCGGCAUCCGCCAAGUGCCCGAGUUCCUCGCCGGCUUGACGAGCUUGCAAGGCUCGGUGCGCGAAGCCACGUGCGUGGCGCUGGCGUCGUACUUUGGCGGCGACGACCAAAUGUCGCCCGAGAAGGCCAAGCUGCUCCAAAAGAUGCUGAACGGCGGCUUGAUGAAGAAGCUUCUGCCGCGCAUGGUCGACCACUCCAAGCUCGUGCGCCUCCACAGCAUCGGCGCGCUUCGCAACAUUUCCAUUGCCGGUGGCCUCGACGGGUGCGAGUACAUGACGUCGCAGGACGUCAUCACGCCGUGCAUCAAGCUCGUUGGCGAGUACACGACGGACAAGCACCUCAACGCGAUCGUCAACAAGGACGUGCAUGCGUUCCAGAUCCUCGAGCAGAUCUUUUCGCUCCUCGCCAACUUGGCCGAGAGCUGCUCGCUCGCGCUGGCGCAGAUCACGCAGCAGCGCAACCUCGUGCUGCCCGCGCUCAUCAAGUGCUUGCCGGUGAAGGCUGCGCCAUCGAUGCAGAUGGAAGCGUCCAAGCUCAUGCUUGUGCUCUCCGACAACAACCCCGAGUGGAACGACCUCAUCAACGCCAACGUGAGCUACCAGCAAACGCUUUUGCAGCUGCUGCAGUCGCCCGAGCACAACAUGUCGCUGCGUCUCACGACCAUCGGUGCCGUCAUCAACCUCCCGGGCGCGCUCGAGAACGCCGCGGGCAUCGCGCUGCUGCUGCCCGUGCUCUCGUCGGCGGUCGCGUACGAUGCUGUCGGCGUCGUGUCGCAGGCGCAGCUCGCUUCGGAGAGCGUCCCGAUUGCCGCUGAAGCCAUGGGCAACGCCGAGAUCAUUUCGGAAACCGAAGACGAUGCCGACCGCGCCGCGUUGGAGGCUGCUAACAAGGCGCAGCACACGAUCAAGACGUGGAAGGAGAACGUCCACGUGCUGACGCUUGGCCUCGAGAUCAUCUCCAACAUGCUCGCCCUCGACGAUGGUGAGGACGACGAGGAGUGGGGCAGCGACGACGAAGAAGGCAUGGAAGAAGCGGCGCAGUCGCUCGCGGGCCAGGACCCGCUCUCGUCGGCCAACCAGUCGGUCGCGAGCCAGGCCUUUGCGUCCGAGAAGAUGCUGGCGCGUAUGUAUGCGAUGCUGCAAGCGCUUGUCGUGAUCCCGCCGACGCUCCACGCCGACAUUGCCGAUGACUUUGGCGUCAUCCGCGAACGUGCCUGCAGCUGCUUUGCCAACUUGGUGCUCGCGGCGUCGCGCGCCGAGCUUGAGGCGACGUUUUCGCUCACCCAAGUGUUUACGAACCUCAUGACCAUGUACACGCACGUCGUGUCGCUGGCGUCCGAGCGUGACGUCGCUGCUGCCAUCAUGAUGGCAGUCGGUGCGGUCGUGACGCGGUCGGUCGACGACAAGAUCACGCUUGAGUGUGCGAACGAGCCGCUCGGCCUUGUCGUGGGCUGCGCGCAGAACGCCACUGCGUCGAUCGACGCGCGCACGGGCGCUAUCCGCGUGCUCGGGACGCUCGGGAAGAAGCCGCACUCAGCGGCCGAGAACCAAGUGCUUGGUCAGUGCCUCGGGGCGCUUCUCUCGGAUACGGACCUGCAAGUGGUCUGCGAGGUGCUCAACGCGCUCUUUGAUAUCUACAGCGAGGAGCAGUACGACGAGGUGUUCUUCCGCCUCAACUUUCUCUCGUCGCUCGAACACGUAAGCGCGGGCAUGAAGGCCAAGAUCAAGGCCGAGGCCAAGACGCUGGACCGCGACCUUGUGAGCCAUGCCAAGGAGACGCGCCUCAACCUCCUCCGCUUCAUCAAAUACAAGAAGCAGCACCGCUAA